GUCAGGGCUCUAGCUUGGUUGGCAGAACUUCCUCCUUCUCGUAUUGCUUGGCGCUGAGGGGCAUUACAAGCGCUCUAUGCAUCAGACCCCUGAAAGGACAACUGUUCGUGGAUGACAACAUAGAUAAAGAAUAGCAUCAACCAAUCUUCAAAGUCCAAAAUCACAAAAUCAGCACUGAUCCUGACGCAAUACAAGCAAAAUACAAUCGUCAUGGGUUCCUUCGGCACAAUCUAUUCCUACCCAAAUAACUGGAGGGUGUCGCGCGCCCAAGUUGUUGCGGCUAUCAAUGGCUUGAAGAUCGACGUUCCUGAGUUCCAAUUCGGCCAGGCAAACAAGUCUGAAGAUUUCCUCAGCAAGUUCCCGCUCGGCAAGGUCCCGGCAUUCGAGGGAGCCGAUGGUUUCACCCUGACUGAGGGCGCCGCGAUUGCGACAUACCUGGCCGGCAGUGGGCCCCGUGCUGAGCAACUCCUCGGCUCCGAUAUCAAGACCCAGGCCAAGAUCGCCGAGUGGACGCUGUUCACCGAGACCGAGCUCGUGUCACACGCCACACCACCCUUGCUCAUGAUGAUCAAGCUCGUGCCCUUCGACGGUUCGCGGUAUGAUUUCUCCGCAUCAGCGUUCGAGCGUGCGCUGCAAAAGGUCGAGGCGGCUGCUAAAAGCGGCAAGAAGUACCUUGUUGGAGAGCAACUGACGCUGGCUGACCUGACUGUCUCGGCCGCACUGUUCUGGGCCAGCGGGUUCCUGCUAGACGCGCAGAUGAGGAAGGCCGCGCCGGCCACGGUCGAAUAUCUCAAGGGGAUUGCGACGACCCCCGAGUUUGCUAAGGUUUUUGGGGAGUACAAACCUUGUGAGACCCGGAUCAAGGGCGCCGCAUGAGAUCUCGACCAAGACUUGCACGGGAGAAAAAGAUCGCAUCACCAUGGUAUACCAAACACUCCCAAAUUCAUUAUUGAUCAAUGCUUUUCCCAAGCCAUUUAGAUGGAGUUAUUGAGACUGGCCUAAAAGAAGACUGCUGUCAUUA